AUGUUGCUCUGGGGAUGCCUUUUCGUCAUGCUGAAUGUCCUGUUAUGGCCUGAUCCCUCUACAGCAUCCCUGCCCUUGCAUAUGGACUCGGUUAUCCAGAUCCUAGCACGGAUAGAGCAAGAAGCACCAGUUCUCCAUCAUGCAGCCCCUGGUCUACUUUUGAUGUCUGAGAGUCCCAUCGAUUCCUUCCAACAUCUCCUCCUUUCAAGGGCCCCAUCUCCAGCAGAGCUCAAGCUUGACCCUCUAAGUCCAGAGCUUCGAGCAUUAGCCACCAGCUUAGCCCGGCACCGAGUGGACUCUGGACAAGAGUAUGGGGUAGUAUUAGCACCUGAUGGCUCCACAGUGGCUGUGGAGCCCCUUCUGGCAGGGCUUGAGGUUGGGCUCCGUGGUCGGAGGGCUAUGGCCAUUCCCCUGGAGUUUAGAGCUUCCAAUUCCUCUUCUGAAGUCAGAGAUACUCACAAGGAAGCAGGAUUUACUUUGCUCCCUCAAGCCAGCACAACCUCCCAAGAAUUUGGAAACAUGUCCCUGAACCCCACUAUCCUCCCAACUGUCCAUGCUAACUCUCCAACCAGUGUGGAUAAUCUCUUGGCUGUCACUUUGACCAGAGCAUUGGGUGUAGCCUUCCUCCCAGGACCUGGAAACCAUACUCCCACAGGCCUCGGCCCUGAUGGUUGUUGGGACCAACUCUCAGCCCCAAAGACCUUCUCCCUGUUGGGCACUGAGGCUUCCUCUGCCCUCACUGUAUCCUACCUCAAUGGGGCACUGGAUGGGGCCCUGCUAGGAGACUACCUGAGCAGAAGCUCCAAGCCCCACCCACCACUCACCCACCUACUGACCCAGUACUACGGAGCAGGAGUGGGUGGGAAUCCCCAAUUUCGGAGUAACUUCCGCAGAGACAAUGCUGCUAACCUGACUUCACAGGAGUCCCUAGCCCAGCAGGUAUGGGGCUCUUUGCUCCUGCUCCAGGAGUUAGAGCCCUCUAAUCCCCAGAUGGCUAAUCUACUCCAAACCCAGCUGGCUGAAGUUGCUGCCCAUGCUGCCAAGGAGUUCACUGAGGCCUUCCUAGAAUGCCCAGCCAUCUUGCCUCGAUGCCGCUGGGGAGCAGCUCCUUACCGAGGGAGCCCCACCAUGCUGAAUCUACCUUUGGGGUUCCUCUAUGUGCACCAUACCUAUGAGCCCCACCAACCCUGUACCAGCUUCUCCCAGUGUGUUGCUAACAUGAAAAGCAUGCAACGCUUCCAUCAGGACACCAAUGGCUGGGAUGACAUCGGCUAUAGCUUCGUGGUGGGUACAGAUGGCUACGUGUACGAGGGCCGGGGCUGGCACUGGGUGGGGGCUCACACCCUCGGCCAUAACUCCCUGGGCUUCGGCGUCUCCUUCAUCGGCAACUACACGGCCACGCUACCCACGGCCUACGCCUUGAGAAUUGUGCGCGACACCCUCCCACGCUGCGGCAUGCGGGCGGGCUACUUGCGGCCAGACUACAAGAUGCACGGCCAUCGGCAGUUAGUCCACACCGACUGCCCGGGUGACGCCCUCUACCGACACAUCAGUACAUGGCCGCACUUCAGGGAAGUGAAGAAGAAACUUUAAAGAAGAAGUACCCAUCUGCUCCCUCCAACCCACCAACAGAG